UCUUCUCAUUUCUUCUAGCAAUACGUAAGGUUAUGUUUCGCGCAGUUUCGCGAUGCAAAUCGAUGAUAGAAACAUGCGCACGAUCUAUAGUCGACUACAGUGUUCAGAAUGUCGACGGAGAGAGACUGGCAGUUCAUAGAAUUCAGUCACAUUUCCUCUUGUGGCCUCUUGCCACUGUUUAUAUCAUUUAAUUCGUCCCCACUACGCGAGCCCGGUUGAUUCAAUAAAUCUCAACAAGAUCCUGCAUUCCAUUUACAAUGGAAAAUUACGUCUAACGUCAUAGUUUCAUACGUGGCAGAUCGACGCGCCAGGAAUACAAGAACGAUCGACGUAAACAUUUCUUCCCCCCCCCCUCCUCUCUCUUUCAACGAGAAGAACUGGAUCAUAAAGAAGAGACUUAUAUAUAUACCGUUUUUAUCACGGAAAGAAAAGAUCGAGUUAUCAGAGAGAUACUAAAAAUUACUAUAAAUCACGUCUGACGAGAUAACAAAUUUCAGUAUUUCGAAAGUAUUGUCGAGUUUCGUAAAUUAAUUUAUUAAUAAAUACGAAAGUAGAAGAAAUUAAGAUCAUGAGUCAAACUAAAAACCAUGUUAAUUUGAGCGACGUGAGUGACAAGUUCACGGAAGAGGUGCUAGCAGACGUUCUUCGUAAAGCAUGUGAUGGGAAGAAGGUGCAGUUGACAGAUUGGAAUUUUGGCGAGGGAUUUGCCAAGGGUGAUAGCUACUUGUCGACUGUUAACAAGGGUAUCUUGUACGGUGUUGUGGACGGGCAACAAAUGCAGGUUAAUUUCGUCGUAAAAUCAAUUCCCAAAAAUGUUGGCAGGAGAAAGACUUUCAGGAGCGAAGAUUUUUUCGGUAACGAGAUCAUGUUCUAUACAAAGAUUAUCCCUAAGGUUGAAAAAUUCUUAGCAGAGAGAGGACAGAGCAAUCUGUUGCGUAUACCACGUUACUUGGCUUCUUACAUGGAUGGUGAAAAUGAUUUUAUAGUCUUAGAAGAUGUCUCUCCUCUAGGAUUUGGACCAGCAUCCAGGCAAAGCUGCCUGGAUUGGGCGGAAUGUACAGUAAUCUUACAAGCCUUGGCGAAAUUUCACGCAAUUUCAUUUGCAUACAAAGAUCAACGAAAAGAAGAAUUCGUAGAAAUAACAAGCUAUUUAAAAGAAACUUACUUUGGUAAUCAUAACUGGAACUGGUAUCAAAGAUUUCAUAAAAAGUUAGUUGAUAUAGCAAAACAUGCAUUAAUGACAGAAUAUCCUAACAGUAAAGCUGAAAAGCAAUUUAAUUCCUAUGAAUUUGGUACACUCUAUAACAAGUGUACAGAAUUGUGUGAAGAAAAUGCCCCGACAUUUGUUAUAGCUGCGGGUGACUGUUGGGCCCCGAACUUUCUAGUCCGAGAUAUUGGGCAAAAUAAAAAAGAAGCACUAGUACUGGAUUUUCAGCUUGCACGUUGCGCUAGUCCUGUCACAGAUCUAUCGUUUUUAGUUUAUUCUUGCACUCAGAAGCCAUUUCGAGAUGAGUAUUAUGAUGACAUAUUGAAAGUUUAUCACUUCGAAUUAAGCAGCGCCAUUAAAUCUCUUGGAUCUGAACCAGAAAGGAUUUAUCCAUGGGAUUUAUUUAUGAAAGAUGUGAAGAAAAAUUUCAUAUUUGGAUUAGUGUUCGCUCUGGAAAGUAUUCCAUUUUGUCUAUUGGACCCAUCACAAUCAUUCGAUUUAGAUGCUAUUAUCAAGAGUAACGAGGCAGUAAAUAUUGCUGAUGUAUGGACAUUAUAUAAUAUUAAAACAUCAAGUGGAAGACAAAGAUUAGCAGACGUAAUUAUUCAUGCAGUUGAGAAUGGUUAUUUAUGAAAAAGGAUAUUAUUUUUAUAUAAUUCAUCUUUCUGCGUUAUAGAAGAUUAUAAAGCACAACUAUCAUUUUAAUACAAUAAUGCAUAUUAUACAUAUUACAUAUAUUAUGCAUUAUAUCUAUAACAUAUGUUAUAUACCAAUACUAUUGUAGUAGCAAUAUACUAAUACUAUGUAAUAUAUUGGUAUAUCUACUGCUGAAGUAUUAUUGCAAUAUAUAAUAU